AUGCUCGCAGAAAGCAGAGCACAGCCCUUUCUGCACAGAUACUCCAUCACCUCGAGGGAAGACACAGCAUCCCUCAACUUCCCUCUCUCUCGCCGCACGUGGCACGAAUGUGAUGCAGGAACCACCGUCCGGCCGGGAGGAGGCGGUCCCGGGCCGCCCCGCACCACGCGGCGAACAGCUCCGCCCCACCCGGCUCCGCCUGACCGCGCCGCGCCGCUCGCAGCCGCUUCUCCGCGCCCCGAGAUGCCGCUUUUCAGCGUGCCCAAGGAGGUGGCCGUCGGCACGGCCAUGCUGGGGGUCGCCUUCGCCACGGGGAUGCUGGCAGGUAAAAGAUAUCCGUCCCUAUUGUUUGGGACAUCCAAACCACACAAGAGUAUUAUUGGGAAAAGCAGCCCUCUGUGGCAAUACAUACUGGAUCAUUCCUUGCGGGAACACCCGAUUCUCAAGAAGCUGCGCCUGCUCACUGCAGAAUAUCCCUGGGGCAAAAUGAUGGUGUCCUGUGACCAGGCUCAGCUUAUGGCAAAUUUAAUCAAACUCAUAAAAGCAAAGAAAGUUAUUGAAGUAGGUGUUCUUACAGGAUAUAAUGCCUUGAGUAUGGCACUUGCCCUCCCAGAUAACGGCAGAGUUAUUGCUUGUGACAUAAAUGAAGAUUAUGCCAAAAUUGGAAAGCCACUGUGGAAAGAAGCAGGAGUAGAUCAUAAAAUUGACCUACGGAUUAAGCCAGCUACUCAAACACUUGAUGAGCUGUUGGCUGGUGGAGAAGCAGAAACCUUUGACUUUGCUUUCAUUGAUGCGGAUAAGGAAAGCUACAAUGAGUACUAUGAAAAAUGUUUGCGCCUCAUAAAGAAAGGGGGAAUAAUAGCUAUUGAUAAUGUUCUUCGGGGUGGAAUGGUGCUAAAACCAAGAAAGGAUGACUUGGCAACGCAGAGCAUCCACCAUCUCAAUGAGAAGCUUGUCAGAGAUGCACGAGUCAACAUCAGCAUGAUCCCAAUGGGGGAUGGAGUGACAUUAGUGUUCAAGUUGUAAAGGAAGGAGGCCCAGCACAUGGGAAACUGCAAGCACUGGAUCACCAGGAAAAAUGUAGCCAGAAUGCUGUCAAAAAUGAUUAUUUAACCCGUACCUCCACAGGAUAGCACAGCCUGGGAAAGUAGACUUACAGAAUCAGCAAGACUCUAAGGGCAGUUAAGUUGAAGAUAGAGAUCUGCUUGGAGAUGUACUAUGUCUUCUUAUUUUAAUUAUAAUGAAGGAAGUAUAUUAGAAAAUUGCCUUUUUAAGACAGUGAUUGAAAAAAUAAAUAAAUGUGUGGAGAAUGACAGACUUCCAACUGUGUCAGCACAACAAAGAGUUCUUCUAUCCUGAAAGAGGGUAUUGAGUCUGAGACAAAAGGAGGGUGAGGGCACAGGGAAUUAAAUCACACAAGUAUUAAGUAAUUGGGGCAAGAUUGUGGAGAAUACCAAAAUCACUCUCAGAAAUAAACUUAAACCACUAGAACAUUCUUUCCCUAUGUUUUCACUGAUUAGAAGGGACAUUAAUUACACCUUCCACUGCUGAGGAGUAAGUCUUGAAUUUGGACAGGAAGAAAGGCCUUGAGUAGCAGCUAGCGCUGGUUGAGCUGAGAGAGAACAAAAAACAGUGAUGUAACUCAGCACAGAUUCGCAUUAAUUGAAAUGGGUCCCACUUUUUUAUAACUAAGAAGGACAAAGCAGAGAGUCUUUUAUGUUACCAGGAGAUCAAUGUUCAGCUGGGAAAAAAAAAAAGAAAAAAAAAAAUCAUUUUCUGGUUGCCUUAUUGCUGUCUGUUUUGUUGGGUUCUGUCUGUGGAAGUCAUAUCAAGGUGGAUAAAGAAGUGGCUAAAGUACAUGUUUUGGUGACACAUUUUGAGGACUGCAGAGGUGGGCAAACACUACAGAGUGAACUUGGAACUCACAUGUGAUUAGUCUCUAAAAGCAGCAUCGAACUUGGGCUAUUCAGUACUUCCAUACAAGCUAAAAAUCCUUGCAGGUAAGAGUGUUCAUCAGACUGUUUCUGUGGGGUUCCCAUCUGUUGGGAACAUCUGUCUCAAAGUAAAAGAGUGAAUCUGCCCAGUUUCAGUGGGUCUUUGCACAUCCUGCAUGUUUCUAACAAAACUGGGCCAAUAAAAUCUCCAUUUUUCCUA